UCUUUCUGGUCAAGUUCUUCAGAUCGCGGAAACAGUGUCACGAUUUCGUGCCAUUUAAAGCUCUUUCCAGUUUCAUAAUUUCCACCCGAUAUUUGCUUGAACGAUAUAUGGUUAUUUAAGAGGGUCACAAAGAAUGCCAUUGACGCUGGACGGUUGAUUUUCUUAGGGAUUUGCUGCUGUUGUGUUGUAGGCUUGUCGGAGACACACUGGCAGAUGACCUUUGACACCGUUGGCAAGCUUAGAGCCUUUCAAGUCUCGUCCAUGUCGUCUGAUAUGCAAUGAUCUGAUGCACGUACAUUUGAUACAGUAAGUCCACAUGAGCUUCUUGUUUUCACCAAAGAAAGGCAGUCGUGCCAAGCUGAAGAAGGCUCAGGGCCCUUCUGAAAAGUUCCCCGAUGUCGCCCUGUCGGAGCGACCACUCACCAUCGGAUGCUGUCAACCGCCGACCACUGUAAGUCCCAGCUCCGAGAUGAAACAAACCUUGACUGACGAUCCAAGGUCCUCCAAGCAGCAGCCAUCCUCACUAAGUGUCGAGACCAGCUAUGAGGGCCAGGGGGCCUCCCCUCGACGGUUACUUGCCAGACGGCAGAACACUGGCUGGUGGGGCUCACCCCUACCACUGGAUCCCAUCUUGGCACCCAGCCACAGGGAGCGGGGUUCACGCAAGUGGUCUGGCCAGAGCUCUGGGAGCAGUGCAACAGACGACACAGGGCUGAGUGUCAUCGACAAGGAGGAAUUGCUGGAUACGAUAUUUGUCUGCUGCGACACAGAAGGGAAGGGACGUGUCCCAGUCUCGAGAGUUAUAGAGCACAUCAAAAUGAUCACAGAGGCAAAUAAGUCUGGCAGGGACAUUGAUGAGUUGGCGCUACAGCUGGACCCAACAGGACUGGAUCUAGAGAUUGACCUGCCUACUUACCAGAACAGAAUAUCCCAGUGGAUCAAGAAUGUGCAGAAUCAAAGGGGCAUGGAUUUAAGUGGAGCCAUGGAUGGGAGAGCAGACAGCAGCAACGCCGUCCCGAUGGUUUCAACCCCAGACAUUGCCCCCCACUGGAAAACGAGAAGUCUAGACGGAGGUGCAGGCCAUCACCUCAAUGUUUCCACACCUCUAACUGGGAGCAGGGCACAAUGGAAAACAAGACAUACUGAGAACUUGCAUCUUUUCAGUGGACUGUUGGAUGCUCCGUUAGACCUGUCUGCAUGCAGCUAUGGGAGUCUGGAGGCCGAGGGCGGCGACUCCGCACCUGACAUGGCCGACUUGCAGAACCGGAUCGAGGACCUGCAGUUUCAGAUCCGCAAACUGACAGAACAUAACAUGAAGCUGCAAAUGCAGAUAGAGACAACAGAUGAAGCCAACGAGCAGCUGAUGUCACAAAUUGACACACUGAAAGGAGAGCUGAAAAGCUUACAGCAAGCGUGGAACCGGAGCCAAUCUAUUCGAGAUGAAAACGAAGAAUUGAAGUUGACUAACAAGGAAUGGCAGAAGAAGCAUGCACAACUGGAGAAGGACAAACGUAAACUCGAUGAAAAAUUGGUCGACCUUCAGGCAGAGGCCAACAAGAAACAAGCACUGGAGACCAAAUUGCAAGCUGUGGAGGAACAGCUGAGCAUUUCUUUAGCCGACGCAGACUCCAUGCAAGAGGAACACCGCCGAUUACAGAUUGUCCUCCAGGAAUACAAGCACCGAAGCGAAGAGACUGAGACGCAUCUGGAGGUCAAGAAUGCAGAAUUGGCAGAGAAAGCUAAGAGGUGUGAAGAAAUGCAAGCCAAUCUGGAGGAGCUGUACAGUCUAAAUCGGGUGCUAAAAUCUGAGAAGACCCAGUUGGAGGUCAAACUCUCAGAAGUUCGUCAAGAGUUGGACUCCUACCAGACCCGGCAGCUCAUCACCCCCAGUGAGGAAGUUUGCAGUAUGUCCCCAACGUCGUCGCCUAAGACAGAGUUGGGACUGGGCAGAAGUCUGCACUCGGAGCUCAGAUCGCUGGUUUCUGCUGAUGGAAACCUUCCCUCUCCAAUCUGUGGCAACGAAGACUUUGACUUUGAAAAUCACAUCGGCAGCAACUCCAACGUUGCUCCCGAGACGCCAUUGUCACGGCAACUGUCUUGCUCCUCCUCCUGCUCCUCAGCCUCUGUUGCCAGCCAGCUCCCACGUCACUUCCAAAAGCGCAAGCAGGAAGUCAUGAAGCAGCUGCAGGUCUUCCUGGAGGAGAACGUUGACGUGUUACAGAGGGAGGGUGUAGACUUAGCUCCCAAGGUGGCCUUCACGCAACUUCUGGACACGGAACUAGACUCGAUGAUAGAGAAGAUGGCAUCCCUGUCUAAAAAUAAGAAACAGCUGGAGCAGAGAGCCAACAAGCUGUCAUUUAUGCUGCAGAGUUUGCAAGAUGAUUAUGUGAGAAUCACUAAAAAGUAUGAAGAGGCUAUCAAGCAUUGUAAGGAGCUGACAGCUACGAAAAGCCAGCUAGAAGUGAUCCGCUCUGAGAACGAGACCCUGAGAUUUGAUGUCGACCGGGGCAAACAGAAAACUGAAGAACUGGAGAAAGAUCUUUCAUCCUGCCAACAAGACCUGGAGACAGCUCACAUGGCACAGCAGAAGUACCGGCAGAUGGCAGAGACACAGCUAGGAGAACUCAGACGGCUGUUUAAAGAAAUGGAAAAGAAGUAUAAGAUUGCACAAGAUAAUGCAAGGAAGAAGGAAACCGUAUUUAAGGCCAAGGUAGCCCAGCAGGCACAUGCACACCGGGCCCAGUUGAAUGCUCUACUUGACCUGGUGACUAGCAGAGACAACCACCAAGACCAGCCGUCACCGCCACAAGUCGCUGUGUCUGCUCAGGAGAGCAACGCCGCCAGUACCCGUAGUGAUAGACAGGUGUUGGAGACGGUGUCAGCCUACCUCACAGGGCUCAAGACCCAGCUUGCAAAGGUCAAAGGCCAGCUCAUCUCAUUGAAACGUGAGAAGUUCUCCUUAGAGCACAGACCGCUGCGAUUGAAGAGGACAAGAGAUCUGGAGGGUUCCAGUAAGCAAGCCCCGGCCACACGAGGAUGUUUCUGCCCAAUUGACAAAGAUUGUUCAGUCUUGUUGGAUGCUCUAACUCUGGAAGUCACCCACGAAGCCUCCCAAGGACACUCCAACUGCCUGCUCCUCCAGCGUGCCCAGUUGCCACAGCAACAGCCAGUGCAUUGCUCCCAGGAUGACAGCCUUGUGGACGGCUUGAGAUACGCCCCAGCGACAGUCAUCGAGGAGCUCUGCCACAACCUCAUACGGGACUUCAAGACCCAGAGGAAGCGGAUACCUCAGACAGUGUCCACGCAGACUGAGAUUCCACGGACUCCCGAUCGUCAGGUCCGGCCGUAUUCCCGCAGCUCCUAUGCCCAGACGGGUCUUGCUGAUUCCCACAAUAGAGAGACCGAUACCCAAACAGAAGCGGACUCUGCAGACGAGUUCCAGUCGUCCUCCCUCCAAACCACGAACGGAGCCGAGGUGAAACAGGCCUAUCUGGUGAACAGGCCGCCCACGCUGAGCUCAGCAAUCCUCCUUCCAGUGGAGGAGGCUUUUUCUCCUGGGGACAGUGCAUCCGACCUGAGUGAUUCUUUUGUCACCGCUUUCUCAUCUCCUGUCAGCUGUUCCCCACUGAGGGGUUCAUUCAGGGGCUCAUCACUGGAGAGGGACGAUUUGUCUGAUUUUCUUGCCUCACCAUUUUCAAGGACUAGCUCUUUGGAGAGCCCUCAUGCAACACCAGACCAAGAGCCAAGUGACAGUCAAGAGGCCGCGCCUAAGAUCCCCGUAGUAAAACCUGACGUUAAGCUUCCGUCCUUGCAUAGGAAGAGUGCUCAGGACAGACAAGAGGCUGCCCAGAGAAUGGCUGACAUGCUGGCCAACAGCUAUGCAAGACCUAACAUAGUGGUGGAAGGAUGCCAGGCAGACAGUGAAGACAAUGACCUGAAUGCUAACUAUGACAGAUCUGGCAAAUACAGCUCCUCUUCUCCCAGGAAGUCAUCCCCUGCCCGCCUGAAGAGGCGCUCGUACCUAGACAAGGAGAAAGACAAGAGGACCUCAUCGUUGGAUGGCAAGAGCCUGGAUGUCUUACUCAGCAGCAAUCUGCCUGAGGUGGACAUGACAGAGGAGGAGAAGGAAUUCAGCCAGCGGCUGCUGGAGGCCUCCAAGAAGGCCUCAGAGAGACACAGGAACCGACGAGGCAGGAAGUUUUCCCCAAGCGCCUCUCCAGAUCAACGAUCACUCAGUCCGAGCUCGGCAGACCGAUCCCGCUCAGCCUCCCCUGCCCCCUCUCCCAGCCCCAUCCCUUCCCCGCUAACAGCAGACGACUCAACCCCACUGUUGGCACCUGCAGAGACACCUGCGAGUUCCGUAGUAGAAGUGACAGACCCUGUGGCAGACAAGGUGACGGAAGGGACGACAGACAGCACUGGAGAGCUUCAGGAGGAGAGAACUGGUGCUGAGGGCGAAUCGGAUAAGGAGGACAACAAGCUGACACCCAAGUCAGAGAGGAAGGACUCGGAAGUGGAAGUCUUUGACAUCAAGGCAGACAUCCUGAAAGCCACCGCUUCCCUGCAGGUAGAGAUGCCUCAAGUCAAGCCCAUCGUUCCACUGGCCCAGCUCCGAGAGGAGCACAAGCAGCACCGAAAAACCAACUUGCAGUUCACGAUGCCCGAGCUGACGGAAGCGACGGAGCUAGACCAGGGCCGCGAAAUGAUCACCCCAUCUGCCAUCCCACCUGUGGCGGCCUCACUGACCACAUUGCAUCCCACCCCCGUUCCGGGGUCCCCUGGUCCAGAGACCCCGCACAAAUCGAGGGAAGACUCUACCACUGUCGGCAAGGAAGAGGAGGGAAAGGAUGCAGAGAGAUCGUCAGCUUCGUCAGAUGAGAAAUCCCUGAUUCCAGAUUCAGUUCUCCAAAAAUUGGGCCUUAAGGGUGCUUAUUCCAAAGACAUCAACGCCAUGACGGAGAAUGAAGUGGAGGAGAAGUUCAACUGCCUGCAGAUGGCAUUCAAGGCCAGCCAGUACACGCUGGAGCAGCGGGUGGUGCUGCAGCACCGGCAGAGGGACCUUGCCGAGAAGAACAUCGAGAAGGAGAUCGAGGGGCUGCUGCAGACCCUGCAGAUGUUGGAGCCUCUUGGAAGUGUGGACACAGUGUCCAGGGACUACAUCGGCAAAAUCAAGCAGCAUGUUGAAGUCUUACAAUCCUGCUCACUCCGACUAUCCAGCAAGGCCGAGGGAUUUGGUGCUGUCCAGCAGGAGGGAAGGCUCAGUAAAGCAACCGAUGUAAUGAUCACCCAUGUGGAGAACCUGAAACGUCUGUUUGAACGAGAGCAUGCAGAACUAGAAGAUGCAAGGAAACUUCUCCAAGAAAAUCGCAAGCUGUUCCGAGGCAACAGCAUAACAAAUAAUCUCUCCAUAGACGGGGAGCCAGAUUCCAAGCUACUGAGUCGGAGGGCACUGUCGAUGUCCGGCAGCAGCUCUAAGUCAUAUGGUCAUUGUGAAAUCCGUAAGCGCUCCACCAGCUGCUCGCUGUUACCCCGCCUCGGGUCGCCGUACUCGUACAGCCCCGAACUCACUGACCAGAAUCAGACCGGAAGACGGCGAGCGAGCGUGGCUACGGUGGUUGGAUCUGGCUUGCUUAGCUCCUCGUAUGGUUCACAGCCACUCUCGUUUGGCGGUCAUCACUCGCGCUCGCAAACGGAGCCCUCUGGCAUAAGCCUGGGCCAAGGGUCCCGUUUGGCCGGUGGGGUGAGACGGACUUCUGUGCAACUCAGUAGUUCCCUGAAUACCGAGGACUUCAAGGAGGCUAAGGCCAGGCUCACAGGAAGCCUUAGCUCAGGUACCAUCAGCAGACACACCCCAUUGACACGGACCGACAGCUCAGUGGUGGUCAGUCGACGAGCCAGUGAUGAUAGCCCCACGAGGCACACAUUGCUUGAUGGAACAAUCUCGGCCCCAUCACUGAGUCCAUCCAGCCCACUGCCGAGCCCCAACAGCAGGGAUGCCGUGUCUCUCCCUGCCACGCCCAUGGUCUCCACCUUCCCCAAGAUGUUGGACCAGGAGGCAGUCAAGAAGGGCCUGGCCAAGGCAGACAGCAGCAGCGGCGGUGACACCAAGAACAUCAAGGAGGACGACGUCUUCCACAAGGGGUAUGAACAAGGAAUCAGGACCCAGGUCACCCACGAGCUGGCAGAGCUGAGGGAGCAACAGAAGGCCUUCUGUGAGAGCCUAGAGGAACUUAUUGACCAUGCUGAGGAAGAACAGGAACGGGAGGAGACAGAGAAGGACAUUCAAGCCGAAAAGAGCAACAACAAAAUCCUUCGGCAGUUGCAAGAAAUAUGUCAGCGCUGGCCACGCGCCACCCGCAUCACCCGUCUUAUUCUCACCGUAUCCGUCUUCCUGUUUGCUCUGGUGUACUUGUUCGUCACCAUGGUGCCUCUGGAAACCUGUCUCCAAGGAAGGCCCGUCUCCUACUCACCCUGGAGAACAUUGAAGGACCUGCUGUGGCCUUACACAGACCUGAGACACCACACCCCACCUCCAAAAUAGUAUGCACACUACCUCCAUUCAGAUGGCUUCUAUAUGCAGAUGUUUAUGUAUUUACCAUACCAUUGGUGGCCUUAAGGUAUUUUUUUCCAGAAAGGCCAUCCAUAAAAAUGUUAAGUUUCAGCACAAAUAGUGUAGGCAUUUUGGAAACUAGGAAGCUGGUGCUGUGUGUGCGUAAAAACUUCAUUGAAGUAUUUGUUCAUUUUUUAAGGCACACAAUAUCUCUGUCGUAAUUGGGAGAAUUUUCAACUUUCCUGCAGAAGUGCUUGACAAAUAUCUUGUUUUAAUCGAGCACGGUGGUGUAGCGAAGUGUAAGAAUGGGCCUGUUGCCGUUGGGAUCUCGGCACAAAUCCCAUCUUUGAAUAGUCCACGUCCGUCCCCAGAGAGAACGUCGUUGAGGGAAUCAGGAUGUUUAAAGCAGCAGUUCCCAGGCUAUGCAACCUUGCCAUUUGGAGUUGCAGGUUUUGGCAGUUAAUUCCUGUGAUGACAUGGGAGUUGCUUGCCUCAGCGAAUCAGCACAUCAAUAAGUACUGAAAGGGAAUGUUCACAGGGAAGAUAAAUGCCUCACAUGUAUCCUGCCAUCUGGUUGUCUGGCUCUGUGUACACUGUUACAGUCGUGGCCUGCUGGACUUAUCCCAUGAGCAGACAUUUCUUUCAGCAAGUGGCAUUCAUUCCAUUCUGGGAAGAUGAAGGUAUAUCCCACCUUGUGAGCAUUUGGAUGCACACAGUGAGUUGAGACUGGGUGGUAUUUCCAAGCUACCUGCACCCCCAUCCUUAUCACCAGCUACACAAAAGGAGAAAUAUACCUCUGGCUUUGGCCAGAGCAGUUUUAAACAUUCAACAUUCAUAAGGUAAUAAGGAGUCAAACCAGGUCGUUGACAGGGAGUUCAUAACUCUUGCACAGUGUGCCUAUAGGCAACUUACAUGUACAUCAAGUACAUAUUUUUUUUUCAUCAGACCUGUCCCCGUUUUCUUAAACUGCAAUUCGAAAGUGCAUUUGGAUAGAAUCUCGCGGAAGAUCUUUUUGGCUACUUCAUUAACUUUUUAAAAGUAGUGUUAGCAUGUGGGUGGUAUUUUUUGCAAGGUUGUUGAUCUUGAGGGGUGUGUUACUGUCACAAGAUUUCUGUGUAGAUGGCGACUCACAUCUACGAAUUCAGAUGGUCUGCAUGCUUCAACUUAUACCAGUUUACAAGCGAAUUUAUGACAUUAUGUCAUUUGUACUUUUUCCCAACUCAACAUAAAUGGCUGGCCAACUGUGUGUUGUGUUGCUCUAAUCUAAGUUGAAAUCUUGAUAUGAUGUUAUUUCUUCUUCCAAAGAAACUGGCCUCAUCUAACUUCAAAUCUCACAUACACAUAUCCAGGAAGUCUUCCCAAUUGUUCUGUAUUCAUUCCUUUUGUGUCUCACACUAUUUUACCCUGGCCUCUGAUUUUUAAAUGCUUGAACUUUUGUCUGUUUUUUUUUUCCUUUUUUUUUUGGACUCGCAAUAUUUAUGUUCACUGGAUGUGCUUAGUCGUUUUUUGAUUUGUGAGGCUCACUUUUGUGUGUGUAAUUUUUGCAGUAUUUGGCUCCUUAUCUUAGCAAUGUCCCUUCCAGCAUCUGAGGGGAAUGAGAGAACCUGACUGAUCUGAAGCAGGCUCAUUUCCCACUUACAGAAUCCACAGUAUCUGGGUCAAUUUCAUUUCAUACUUGGGAUAUGCAUGUCAAAGGUUUGCCACUGUCUUUUCGUGUGAUUCCUUUGUCUUUGGCAAACCACUUGUCAUGUUGUCCAUUCACAUAGUGAUUUAUGUUAAAAGACCCCCCAAAAUAACAUCACUUACGCAGCUCCACAAACAACAGCAUGUCGAAAGCACGAGGUAUAUUUGUGACCCACUCUGCCAAAAAGGCCCUUCAGUCAUGCUAUGCCUCUGUAUGCAACAGACCAUUCCGUACAUCUGCCAGAGAUCAAUUCUAAAUUGUACUGUAUUUCGGGAAUAGAAUGUGCAACAGAGCUCAAAAAUACAGAAAUUUAAUCCUUAUCAACAUCUAUCCUUGGGCAUCACUUAAAAUCACUUUGUCACACAUAAGCCCAAGGGUCAUCUUUACAGAGCCAGUCACAUUUUCUUAUUUUCAAGCUACAUUGUAAGUUCAGUAUUGAUGAAAGGAAAAAAACAGUCUUCCUAUGUUUUUCAUUGAAGUGGCAUCUUGGGGGGGAGGGUGCCUCCCUGCUAACAUGUUGCCAGUUGGGAAAUGUAAGUUCCAACAUGAAAAAGGAGUAAUUUCUAGAAUUCUAUCACAUUUUGGGCGGGAUGAGGAGAAAUUUUCCUCACCUCUUCUCCAGACGUGGAUAGCCCCUGGGAAUAGGAAUGAUGAAAGGAUUUUAAAAUCCCAAAUUCUGUGUGAGGAAUUCAUGUGGAUUUACUCCAGAUUUAGUUCGGUAUUCAUCAAGAUUCAGGGAUACUGCCCUUUAUAAACCAUUUCAUUUCUUUGUGCUUGGCGUCAUAUUUGGGUGAUUUUUUUUUAGGACAUAUGGCUUCCUGAUAAGUAUUUGCACUUUUUAAAAAUAAGUAUUAAAACUUGUUUGUGGGAGGAUGUGAUUUUCCGGCGUUCUAGUCUGCAAAAAAAAAGUUAAAAGGAAAAAUCAGAAAAACGGUUUUGAGCGCAGAAAGGUGUCAUUGAGAGAAACAAAUGAAGAGAAAGCUGAAACAUUUAAACAUUUUAAGGAAUGUCAACUUAUAAGUGUAAUCAAUUGGUUAAUUUAUCAACAUGGGCAUGUCUCCACAAUUUUUUUUUUUCCAAGGGGGUGGUCAAAGUACUUUGUCCAGUGGGGACCCUCUCAUCAGCAUCCAUCUGAUGCAGUAUACCAUCAACAGUUGGGAGGAAUCAAUUUCCAGUUUCCUCUUAAGCAAGUGGGUGAUUUUUAUCCUGUUUUGUCUCCAUCUUCUCAUUUAUAUUGCUUUCCUCCUUAUUUUCCAGGUUUCCCCAAUGAAGCAAGUACCCACCUUCCCCUUAGGAAUGCCCAUGUUUACCAAUGAACUUUGCAGAUCCACAGAACCAAAGAUCUAUAUAUCUGUAUACAUGUAAGAAUGUUGGCAUUCUUUUAUACUGAAUGUGAAAACCUGUACCACGCAAGAGUCAUAUAUGCCUGCCCAAUUUACAUAUUGUUCACGUCUCAAUGCCACUAUUGACGCUCUUACAAAUUUAUUCUAGUGUGGAAAAAAGUCUGCAUCUUUAGAUGUGCCUUAGCUUCCAAGAUAUUUGUAUAUAUAUGAAAGUGUUGAUAAAAAUUGGUUAUUUAUAUUUAUAUUCAUGCUGAGAAUGCAGGCAAUAGAUUAAUUCACUUCAGCCUUCGAUUGUUAUGUAUGUCCAACUAUUUGUGUCUUUGUUUGAUAAACACUGUUGAACAGUCUUCUGAGUACAGAUAUUGUUAUUAAAAGAUGAAUUUUUUUCACAUCCUGAC